CCAGUGUCCAAAGUGCAUCCAAAAAAAGAUUGCAGGCAUUCAUGUCGUGAUCAGACCUUAUAUUAGGCGUUAUUUUACAGUUUCAGACACAUUGUCACUGUCUCUCUCAUUGUCAAAAGACAUCUAUAUGGAGAACCCUGGGGAAAGAAAAGGGAAACUCACUCUGCUGUUGGCUCUUGCUACACUGAUCUCUGCAUUUGGCUCGUCUUUUCAGUACGGCUACAAUGUGGCUGUUAUCAACUCCCCAGCCCCGGAAAUGCAGAGGUUCUACACCAGCGUGUACGAGAGUCGCAAUAGCACGGUCACCAACGGUGUGUUAACUCUGCUGUGGUCCCUGACUGUGUCCAUGUUCCCCUUGGGGGGGUUUUUUGGCUCUCUCAUGGUGGCACCACUGGUGAAUAAUUUAGGAAGGAAAGGUACCUUGCUGUUCAACAACAUCUUCUCAAUCGGCCCUGCUAUAAUGAUGGGUGUGAGCGAGGUGCUGGGCUCUUUUGAGAUCAUUAUCGUGGGUCGCUUUUUUGUGGGCAUCUGUGCUGGCCUUUCGUCCAAUGUGGUGCCAAUGUAUUUGGGAGAACUGGCCCCAAAGAACCUGAGAGGAGCUGUUGGGAUUGUGCCUCAGCUUUUCAUUACUGUUGGCAUUCUCACCGCCCAGGUGUUUGGUAUCCGAAAUAUUCUUGGCAACGCCGAAGGUUGGCCUAUCAUGCUGGGUCUCACUGGCAUUCCUGCUCUCAUUGAGCUGCUUGUGUUGCCCUUCUUCCCUGAGAGUCCCCGUUACAUGCUCAUUCAGAAGGGUGACGAAAAUAAAGCCAGGACUGCACUGCAGCGUCUGAGAGGAUGGAAGGACGUAGAAGAGGAGAUGACAGAGAUGCGACUUGAAGCUCAGUCAGAGAAAGCCGAGGCCCAGCUUUCUGUGCUCAAGCUCUUCACCUUCCGCUCUCUGCGCUGGCAGCUGUUGUCCAUAAUUAUCAUGAACAUGGGCCAGCAGUUGUCAGGAGUGAACGCUAUUUAUUACUAUGCGGACAGCAUCUUUGCUUCCGCCGGAGUGAACGAGAACCACAUUCAAUAUGUGACUGCUGGAACAGGGGCUGUGAAUGUAUUCAUGACCUUUGCUGCAGUGUUUAUAGUGGAAGCCUCUGGCAGGAAGCUGCUGCUUCUGAUUGGGUUCGGGAUCUGCUGUGCAGCCUGCGUGAUCCUCACUGUAGCUCUCAGUCUGCAGGAGACCCUGCAGUGGAUGCCCUAUGUCAGCAUUGCCUGUGUCAUCAUUUAUGUCAUUGGCCACGCCAUAGGCCCAAGUCCAAUUCCGACCGUGAUUACCACUGAGAUUUUCCGCCAGUCCUCAAGACCUGCAGCUUUUAUGGUGGCAGGCUCCGUGCACUGGCUUUCAAACUUCACUGUAGGCCUGGUGUUCCCCUUCCUAGAGAAAGGUCUAGGGGCCUACAGCUUCAUCGUCUUUGCAUUCAUCUGCCUGGUCACACUCAUCUACAUUUGGGUGGUCAUCCCAGAAACCAAGGGUUCCACCUUCUUGGAGAUCAGCAAGCUGUUUGCUAAGAGGAACAAAGUGGAGAUUGCGGUGGAGGAUGAGGGUUCUAGGAUGCAAGAGGCUGAAGUGACAGACCAUGUAAAGGAUGUAAUUACAACCUUCUAAGCACGGGAUGGCUUACUGAGUCCUUUUUAUGUAUAUAUCAGACCUUUAGUCUAGGUCUGAAGCUCUGUAUACAUUGGUUUGAAAUCAUAUUUUUAUGUUGUGUCUCCUUUCAACUGAUGACUAGAAAGCAGACUGCAGACUAACUAUAAAGGGCAUCAGGUGUUUAAAAAAAAGUCGGUCUGCUUCCUAAAGAACAUACAUCAUACAUCAGCUGAAAGUGUAAUUAUAUGUCUGACAUUGUCAGGCUGCACCUAGUGUUGAUGUUUAAUAGCCAACAUAAUUAUAGUAGAACAAAUCCUGGCUCUGCUAGUAUUACAUGUGUGCACUGCAAUUUUACAAGCUGUCUGGAACCUGAGAUCAGACCAAGGCAAGUUCUAAAAUCUGGUGUAGCAACAGUUGAAUGAAUCAGCAAGAAGUUUCGCAUUCUGUUGACAUGUUUUUACUUAUUAAGUGAACUUAUUCAUGCUUUCAACUAUGUCCAGCAAACACGAUGAAGUAGUACACAGUUUCAUUGAUACUCCAUGUAAAACCCUUCAACUGUUAAAAUGACCCUUACACUUUUCUAUGACUGUAGGUUUAGAAAUCCUGACUAAAAUGCACUAUUUUCUCUUUUUUUUUUAAUAUAAUAUAAGAUUAGCCAAAGAACUGCUGAGAUAUCCUAGAGUUUACUUAUUACUUGUGUGUAUAAAGUUUAACUUCAAGUUGGAAAACUUUAACUACAUGUUGGAAAAAAAAUAUAUAUCUUGUUUGUUACUUUAUUUUAAAAACAUAUUCUAUUAAAAUAUGCAAAUAAUUUUUUA